GCUGGAGUGUCAACGGUAUCUGACGGAGGCCAAGCUUAUUGCUGCGGGCCUAAGUUCGGGUACGAUGGACUCUCGAGGGACCCGAGGUGGGCACUUGUUCCAGGGCAUGAAGAGGAGAAAACAGGUGGCUAAUCGAGCUCGCGCCGAACCACCCCUGGGUGCGGAGCCUGAGAUGGUUCCUCUUAUGCAGGAGCCGGCGGGGGCUCCUUAUGCCGAAACCACACACACAGGGGCUCCCGCUUACUCUGAGUCCGCCCAUACGCGAGCUGGGCCGUCGGGCUCGGAGGCCCCGGGGGACUUCAGGAGCAUGCUGUCGCCUGUUCAUGCUCUUCAAUGGAGUAAGGAGGCGAUGUUUCCCGAGGAAGUUGCGGCGUGGACCGAGCUCCCUCUGCACCAAGUGGCCUGCCGUGCCGUUACUCAUGCUAUGGUGGUGAACUCUUCCAUUCACGCCUUAGCGAACCAGGUGGAGAGAUGCUCGAGGCAGGCGCGAGCUGCCGAGGAGGCUGCUCGAACUACCGAGGAGGCUGCUCGUGCUGCCGAGGCUGCUGCUCGCCUCGCACAGUCUAGGCAGGCGAGAUCUCAGAGAGAUGCUGAGGCCAUGGGAGUGGUGGUGAAGCAUAUGGCGGAAUUGAAGCUGGUCCUGGAGCACUAGGUCGAGUAUCUUCAGGAGGAUAUCAGGGAGAGGACUCAGAUCUUCUCUCAAGGCAUCGAAGAUGCGAAGAAGAAACCUGUCAGUGAUUAUAUUGCUUCGUCGGAUUUCGAUGAUCUGAUGGUGGACUCCUACAUGAGGGGUUUCAAACUAAGCCGGUGGAUGAUUCGGAAUACGUACCCCGAGCUCGAUACCAGCGCCAUAUCCACUUCGCACAUUACUUAAGAGAUGGCUAAUGCUGCGGAUGCCGAACCAGACUUCGAGGGGGAGGCAGGUCCUUCGGGUGUUGUCGAAGUGGCUUCUGAUAAUGAUGAAAUUGCCCCUGGCUUGUAAAAUGGCUUUCCUGAAAUGAAAUGACCCCUUUUUUUUUGAAUGUACACACCUCUAUCUGAAAUGAAAUGGCUUUUUGUUCAAGUGCUGGUUGUCCUGUCUUCGAGCUGCGUUUUUUGCCGAACUGACCAUUU